AGAGCAUGGAUCAUUCAUGGCCUAUAGGAGACAAUGAGGUGCGUAUCUUUGUGGCUCUGUUCCCCUACGACCCGGUCAACAUGUCUCCCAAUCCCGACGCUGCUGAGGAAGAACUGCCCUUCCGAGAGGGACAAAUCAUCAAGAUCUACGGAGACAAAGACUCGGAUGGAUUCUACCGCGGGCGAGUCGGCGGUCGUCAUGGUUACGUGCCAUGUAACAUGGUGUCAGAGAUUCAGGUGGAGGACGAGGAGACCAGAGAGACACUCCUGCAGCAGGGCUUCCUGUCUACCGCAACAAACAUGGAGAAGAUAGUGGAGGCUGCUGCGCUGUGGGAAGAUAGCUUAGACUCCUCCAGUCAAGAUCCCAGCCAAUCUGCUGUCGCCAUGGCAAACCCGGCGGACACCGGUCCUCGCAGGAUGAAGGCCAUCUUUGAUUACGACCCUCGAGAGAGCUCUCCCAACGCUGACAUCGAGGUUGAACUGACCUUUGGUGCCGGGGACAUCAUCUAUGUGUUUGGUGACAUGGACGAUGAUGGGUUCUUCUAUGGUGACCUGAACGGACACAAAGGCCUGGUCCCAUCUAACUUCCUACAGGCUGCCCCAGAGGCUGCUGGGGAAAGCCCACCAUUUGACCCCAGCCUCCGUCUGUAUCCGAGCCCAGGACAGAAUCGCAG